GGUAAUUAUUGGACGAAAGAAUUUUUUUAUACGGCUUGUUUUCCAUUUUACAAAUAUAACAAUUGAAAAGGUUGCAGAGUUUAGCUCGGAAUAAGAAAACAGAGCAGUUGGCUAAAAUUUAGAAAUAAAAAUACCUUUCAAUUGCAACCUCACAAGUGGUACAAUCAAUUCCUUUUGCUCCCAUACAUUUUGAAUUUUUUUCAAUUUUAAAUCACUUUUACUCUUCCUCCACAAAUAAAAAGCAAAAUGGCAAAAUUCGUUUUCUUUGAGCAGUCGCUAAUCAUUCUCUCUGUCCUGUCAGUUUGGACGGCGAGUUGUUUCAUGCCUACCGACAAACGACACUUCGCCAAAACCGAGAGCAACAGCAACCAACUCUACGGAGGAGGGUACGACUCAGAUGCGAACGAGUUGUGGCAUAGACUAGCUGCCAUAUAUGGUCAGCAGGGGGACGAGACGAUCGAGGGCGAAGACGAAGAGGAGCCGAGAGGCGGGGAGAGCGAGAGCGAGCAGUUCAAACGACAGCAGCUCGGAAUGUUCGAGGAUAACUUCGCUGAUAGUCCAGCAUACAGAGCUGUGAAGAGGGGUCGACACACUAUGAACUGCCACCGAUUCAAGACAUUUGGACAGGGCUAUUCGGGACUGUGCUGAACCAAAACCAACUAACAAAUAAACAUAUAGCAACAAAAGCACAAUCAUUUUACUUCUAACCAGCUGCGUAGAUCCAAUGUGCUCUCUGCGAAAACAAAUCAUUCCCAAACAAUGUAUCAAUUUCAAAUGAUCUUUUUAUCAAUCAAUUUAUUGGAAAUUGACUUACUGGAUAAUCAUCUAUUUCAACCAUGGUUUCAGUUACUCUGCAAUAAACGGAUUGGUUAAUUUUUUUUAACGGAAACGCUAUAUUUAUACGAUGUGAAUGAGGUUUAUUCGGUAACGGAGUGGUUCGAUAUUUUGUCUUUUCAAAUAAAGUGUUUGGUUCAGUCUUU